AUGUGGUGCUGGGAAUUGAACCCCGGUCCUCUGGAAAAGCAGCCAGUGCUCUUAACCACCAAGCUGCUUCUCCAGCACUCUUAAGUGAUUCAUUAUUCUUUAAGGCAGUGAAGUUUAAUUUAAAAAAAAAAAAAGAAUUCACAAUUAAAACAGUGACUGACUACACUUCCCCUCUCUCCUCUUUCUGAGGAAGUUGUUUUCCGUUCGUUAGCAGUGUCUUCUAGAUCACAUGGUCCCUCAGACGCCCACUGUGUAAAGCAGCUUCAUUUAGUAGCCUAUUUCUCAUCCUUGUAGAAAGGGUGGGGACAUACUUCCCGUUAACACCAUCAUCUGUACACUAUAAAUUCAAGUCAAGUUUCCAGUUUGGCUCAGUUAUUUGCUCAACGAUGGGCUUGGGUAUCUUCAAUAAUGAAAAACCUUCGUGUGUAAAAGGGUGGAAGAUUCUUACUUGAUAAUGCCACUCUGUAUUUGCUCUUAUUGUUUACAAUUGUAAGUGGAAGAGAUAACUUAGACAUAAAAUAUAUGUUGAGUUCCGGAGCUAUAAAGUACAUAGGGGAAAAUAAUUGUAAGUUUAAUGACACCUCAAAUGUACGACUGUGAUGGGAGCAGGAAAAACCAAAGGACUGGGAGGCUUUUAAGGCCAGUGACGCUGGGGCCGCAGGGCAUACCUGGAACUCAUGGUUUCUUUUUUCUGUCCAGCUGUGCUUUCUCAGGACAUCGCCCCCCUCCCAGAAACACAGUCAUAGAGUCUUGAAGUUUUAACGCCAUGUCCCAGGAUUUGGUGACAUUUGGGGAUGUGUCUGUAAAUUUCACUCAGGAGGAAUGGGAAUGGCUGAAUGAUGCUCAGAGAGACUUGUACAGGAAGGUGACGUUGGAGAACUAUAAGAGCCUGGUGUCGCUGGCAGGGAUUCCUGUUUACAAGCCAGCUGUGAUCUCAUUACUGGAACAAGGAAAAGACCCCUGCGUGGUGCAGAAGGAGGGAGCAAGAGACGCAAGCCCUGAUUGGGAUUAUGUCUUCAAAGGCAUUGAAUUUUCAUCAAAGCAAGAUAUUUAUGAUGAAUCGGCCAAAGUCCUACCCAUGGGAAGAAGCCAUUUUAGUUAUAGCCUUGACUGUCCCAAUUUGAAAGAAAACCAUGAAAGUGAAGACUGGUUUAAGAACAGAUUGGGAGGUCAGGAGGUGCAUCCUAAUCAAUUGCUCAUUAUUCGUAAAGAAAUCUAUGAAGAUCAAAGUAAUGGGUGUAAUCCGUCUUGGCAAACAUUCCAUCAGGAUGCAAUACUAGAUAUACCACAGAGUUUUUCUACCAAAGAAAGAACACAUCAAUGUGAGCCACAAAGGAGAAGUUACCGAAAAAAGUCUAUGGAAAUGAAACAUAAGAAGGUCCAUGUAGAGAAGAAAAUUCUGAAAUGUAAUGAAUGUGAAAAAGUCUUUAACCAGAGUUCAUCCCUUACUCUCCACCAGAGAAUUCAUACUGGAGAGAAACCCUAUGCAUGUAUUGAAUGUGGGAAAGCCUUCAGCCAGAGCGCAAACCUAGCUCAACAUAAGAGAAUCCAUACGGGGGAGAAACCUUAUGAAUGUAAAGAAUGUAGGAAGGCCUUCAGCCAGAAUGCACAUCUUGCUCAACAUCAAAGAGUUCAUACUGGAGAGAAACCUUACCAGUGUAAAGAAUGUAAAAAAGCCUUCAGCCAGAUUGCACACUUGACUCAGCAUCAAAGAAUUCAUACCGGAGAGAGACCUUUUGAAUGUAUUGAAUGUGGAAAAGCCUUUAGUAAUGGUUCGUUUCUUGCUCAGCAUCAGCGAAUUCAUACAGGAGAGAAACCUUACAUGUGUAACGUGUGUGGGAAAGCUUUUAGUCACCGUGGAUACCUAAUUGUACAUCAAAGAAUUCAUACUGGAGAGAGACCCUAUGAAUGUAAAGAAUGCAGGAAGUCUUUCAGUCAGUAUGCACACCUGUCUCAACAUCAGAGAGUCCAUACUGGAGAAAAACCUUAUGAAUGUAAAGUAUGUAGAAAAGCUUUUAGCCAGAUUGCUUACCUCGAUCAACAUCAGAGGGUUCAUACUGGAGAGAAACCUUACGAGUGUGCUGAAUGUAGAAAGGCCUUCAGCAACAGUUCAUCACUUGCUCAACAUCAGAGAAGUCACACUGGAGAGAAACCCUACACGUGUAAGGAAUGUAGGAAAACAUUUAGCCAGAAUGCAGGCCUUGCUCAACAUCAAAGAAUUCAUACUGGAGAGAAACCUUAUGAAUGUAAUAUUUGUGGGAAAGCCUUUAGUUAUAGUGGAUCCCUUACUCUACAUCAGAGAAUUCAUACCGGAGAGAGACCUUACGAAUGUAAAGAUUGCAGGAAGUCCUUCAGGCAACGUGCACACCUUGCUCAUCAUGAGAAAGUACAUAUUAUGGAGUCAUUCUUGUCCCUUUCCUCUCCAUCACCCUCUCCAUCCAAUCAGUUGCCGAGAGCUAUGGGUUUGAUCUCAUAAAUCUGACCCAUUAGAAGCAUUUCUAUUUCAUCAUCCUUGUCUUCUACAUGGUAAUCUGUUUUAUGUGGAAUACUGAAAUAUCUUUCCAGUGUAUUCA